CCGCUCGUACGCACGCACAGUCAGUACGGACCGGGAUUUGAACGCAUUGGCAUCGCGCCGGCUCAUCAUCGGUGAUCGUGGUCGGUCGAUCGGUGUGAGCUCUACAAUAGAAGUUUCGUUUCGGGUCACUCAGCUGUGAUUUUAGUGUGUGUGUGUGUGUGUGUGUGCGUCUCGAGAACGCUCGAGAGUGUCCGGGUUUGUUUUUCCGUCGCGUUUAACCGUUGAGUGUGGUGACCAAGUGCGUGUUGUUCUGUGAUGCUUGUGAGUGAAAUGAAACAUCGACCAUAAUGCAGCUCGUGAAUCGUGGCCAUCGUAGCAGCAGCACGGUCAGUGCCGACGGGCACCAGCUGCCACCAACGACCGCGACGGACAUUGCACUGAUGCGAUGGUCUUCGCGCGGAUUCACGGCCAUCCCGGUUGAGCCGGAUGAGACGGGAUCCACUAGCACCAGCAGCUCGUCAACCAUCGGUUCCCUUGCCGUAACAUCCCAACACAAUGGGACGGCAUCGGCCGGUGUUACGAUGCCGAGUGAUCCUCCCGCCGGUGGAGUACGAAACAUCGAGUACCUGACCCUAGACACCGGGCACUGUGGCACUGCGGCAAGCGGCUGGGAACGAAUCCCUCCACAAACCCGCCACAAAGGGCAAUGGCGCGUGAAACGUGCCCAUGCCAACGCUGCGUCACCUUCGGCCACUGGCUCGAUACAACCGUCGAGUGCGUCUUCGUCCUCCUGCCUGCGCGACUGUCUGCUGUGUCGCUGCUGUCGAAGUGCGAACAUGGACGAGCAGAAGGAAGUCAGCGAUCAGGAGGAAGGCAAUUAUGAGUACUGUGAGCUGGAGGAGAUCGUGUCCCCGCCGAAGUACCGACCGGAAUCGAUAGCGGCCCUGUGCGAGGCGACCCGUUUUACCGAGGCAGAAAUCAAGCGGAUCUACCGGGGCUUCAAGGCCGAAUGUCCGGCCGGCAUCAUACGGGAGGAAACGUUCAAGUUCAUCUACUCCCAGUUCUUCCCGCAAGGAGCCAAUACAGGUUUAUAUGCACACUACGUGUUCAACACCUUAGACAAGGAGCAUACAGGCAUUCUGAGCUUUGAGAACUUUGUCCAGGGACUGUCGAUACUGUCGCGGGGCACGCUCGAGGAGAAGCUGUGCUGGACCUUCUCGCUGUACGACAUUAACCAUGAUGGCAAGAUAACGCGCGAAGAAAUGACCGACAUCGUGACGGCCAUCUACGAGCUGAUGGGUGCCCGGGACGAUGGUGGUACCGAUGAGGUGAACAUUAAGAACAAGGUGGACACAAUUUUCCAGAAGAUGGACACCAAUCGAGACGGUGUGAUCACGAUCGAAGAGUUUCUCGACUGCUGCCGGAAGGAUCAGCUCAUCUCCAGCUCGAUGGGCGUGUUCGACUCGACCAUAUGACCGCUGGAAAAGCUUCACACGCUACCGGACUAUGUGCUCGAGCGGGGAAGCAACGGUGGGUACGAGGACGAAUCGUCCGACGCGGACCAGAAAGCUGACGACAGCAACGAAAACUCGAACGAGAGUAGUUUGCAAACGGCAAUACUGAAAUCCGACACAUCGAACGGACCGACAACGACAACCGCAGGCAGCACGGCGAAAGGAACGGAAGAGCCGGCAGCUACAACCGGAAGCGCAAAAACCACGCAAACACCACCGACAUCGGGUGCAGCAUCGCAGCAUCAAGGCACCACCACGAGCAGCAACAUCGGCAACUCGUCAAAAGGACACCGGACGUCCCGGGCGAGCAAACAAUCGAUACUGGUGAAUGGGCGAGCCACGAAGACGAACGUAACCGGGCGGCAUCCGAAUCACUUCCACCACCAUCAUCAGCACAGUCAUCACCCGGCGAGUCACCUUCAUCAGCCCUGUUCAACAGCUCAACAGCAGCCAACGAGCGCCCAGCCGCUGCUCAAGCACUAUCACAUUCCGCUGCAGGAUACGUACCACUCGCAGCAGCAGCAGCAGCAGCAGCAACAGCAACCAUUGCAGCCACUCCACCUGUCCACGCUCCGUCUCGGUCAAGGGUCUUGCUUUGCUCCUCCACCACCACCAUCACUACCAUCGUCAAAGGUUCCACCACCUCAGACACUAUCGCUCGCAUUGCCCCCGUGCAAUGGAACGUUCCUGGGGCAACUGUCCGCGUCCUCGUCAACCUCAUCUUCGCACCAUUACCAUCACCAUCAUCACCAUCAUCAUCACCAUCUGCAGCCGUCGUCGGGUCGUAUUGCUACGAUUUCAUCUCCAAUGUCACCGGCCGGUUCCUGUUGUGGCGUUACCCGACCGAACGAGCUGAUGAACUGCUGCCCGGUUCCGGUGGACACGUCACACCCGCUGCGAGUAGCCCCACCGCCCGACGUUCCUACACCGACACUGGUCAAGGUAAAGGCCUGGUAUACGGUCACCAAGCAGGGCCUAACGUAUUGAGCGCUUCCCAUACCCACCCGUAUCGCCUCCGUUAGUUGUGUACCCUCUGAUCGUACUCUACCUAGAGCAUGUCUUAGCAAAGGUGUAUACAGAAAAAAACGUAAGACGAGCGAAAAUUUGGAACAAAAAUUCGAAACACGCUUCCCAAAUUGCUCGAAACGAUUAAGAGAUUCGGAAGUCUUCUAGGGUACGGAGUAACCCUGUCUUAGCCUAUAACGUACAAUUUGUAAAGCAACUUCCUUCUUCCCUUAUUGUUUCUUUGUAUAGAACAUUUAUAUCGUGUUAGUUCACAACUUUUCUUCCAAUUUUCCUGAAUCGGUUAGUUCCUGAGACAAUUGUGAGCAAAAGAUUUGUGAACGGGAAAGAAAAUGGGUAACAAAAAUAUUCUAAACCACACAAGGCGAUAAAGGGCGUUUGCCGAGCCCGAUGGAAGCGAUGACGAGUGCUAGUUGCAAAACGAAAAUGGUGUUAAAGUUCCCACAAGUCCACUUAUGUGCCUUCCUAAUUUUCACUCCUAAGUGUAGGUUAAACUCGAUCUGUUACGAUAAAGCGAAUCUAGCAGCACCAGGUGCAUCGGUCAAGUCUUGAAGUCGCAAACGAUCAGCCAGUAGACCAGACGUGUUUCGUUCGGUUUUUCGGUUAACGAUCUAGGUAACGGAGCCACACAGCCAUUAGUAACCGAACUCGGAUGUCUCUAGAAAAACCUUAAACCCCCACACAUACGGUUCUAAAAGGGGUUCUAACUAAAAUCGACCCACUGGUGUCAAGUGCGCAUUAGAUGUUAGAAGGCAAUAGUAAUGAAAAGGAGGUAAAAUACAAAACAAUAAAUUUACAAACGAUCAGGCGCUAAGCUGCCAUAAUACUGGUCACAGGGAGUUAAGCGUGUUUACAGGGUUUUUCAGUUGAUAAUGUAAAUGCAUCGAUACUUUUGUGUAAUAAUCCAGAUGAUAUUGUAAUCAAAACACAGGUAUAAACGCGGAAUGUGAGAUUACAAUAUCAUCUGGUAACAUCACACUGAAAGGAAAUAGAUUCCCCUGUCAUCGUGUCAUUCGUGUAAAGAGCUUACAAAAAAGAUUAAUGCUUUUACACUAUCAACUGAACAACCCCUGUUAAGCACACCCAAAACAGGGCAGAAAAGAAAGAUUUCAUUACAUAAAUAACAGAAAACAAAACAAAAUCACCUAAAGCCAUCAUCCUCGAGGGACUCAAUCAAAUCAAAUAAUUCAAAUGAAGAAACUACCAUACUGCUUACUAGUUAAUGGAAACACUGUUAUGAAAUUGCAAGCAAGCAUACAAACUAAUCAGUAAAAAACUGGAAGAAAAGCAAACACAAUAAUCCAAGAUGAAUAAUAGUUUGUAGAAGGAGAAGAGAAGUGGAACAAUUCUUAUAGUAAAUGUUGAUGUGUCCGUUAAACAGAGACUUUUCCUUACGUUUGCCCACAGAGGGAGCCGAUCAUAUUUUCCUCACCCAAUCGUCACGGAAAACACUGAAUCAAAACACACUUAAUUACGAUAAAAUCAUCCGAUGCAUCAUGAUAAAAUGCAAACGCGUCCUUCCAUUGUCCCAAUGUCGCAAAGCGCGUUAUGGUAAACCACGUUGCAAAAAUUAAUAUAGAAUAUAGUGUAUCAUAAGCAAUUUUGAAGCAAUUUUGAAUUAAUUUUGGCCCAGUUAUUGUCAGUGUUGUAAACACCGAAACAGAAGCACAUCCUCACUCACACGAAUCAGUUAAGGCACACCACAAGAAGAGGUCACUAGUGGAGUCGCGUCGUUAACGAUGUAUAAUGUAUUCCCGUUUAAAAUCCGUGUUUAUUGUUACCGUAAGUGUCUCGUAACCUUAAAAGCAAAGCAACAGAAAAAAACACACACACACAGAAAUAGUUAUACUUCAUCGUUGAGAGCAAAAGCAAGCAAGAAGCCCCUAAUAAUGUUGAAUACAAUAACUAGAGAGUCGUAUUUAUCUUACAACAACGUGUACGUGUGUGUCACAUAGUGCUAAAAUGCUAGUCAGCCCGCGAAGGACCGAAAUCCCGCCUCCCCCCCGAGUUCUACUACCUAAGUGUUACCGUAUCUAUUCGAAUCGUGUUAAUCGUUAGAGACAAAAACAGGAGCAUAAAUCUUAUCGGACGCAAACAAGAUGAACCAUUUAUAUUCGCAUGCGUGAUGGUAAUACACGUAACGUACAUAUAUCUCUAAAUUGCAGGUUUUUACAGUUGAUAAUGUAAAAGCAGCGAUUAUUUUGUAAGCUCUUUACAUGAAAUGAUAAACAAAGCUAGUUGGAGCAGGGGGACGGCUUUAGGGGAUGACAGGUGAAUCAAUUACCUUUUAUUUUGAAGUUACCAGAUGAUAUAUGUAUAUAUGAUGAUAUAUGUACCAGAUGAGUACGUAACUUACAGGUAUAAAGCCCGCGUGUAUCAGUGUCGAUUACAAUAUCAUCUGGUAAUUUAACAAUAAAGGAUAAUGGGUUCCCCUAUCAUCUGCUGCCCAUCCAAUGUCACCUAUCUUCAUUUACCAUUUCAUGUAAACACUUUACAAAAAAAAACCGAUGCAUGUACAUUAUCACCUGAAAAACCCUGUAUUCUACGUGAGGAGAAAAAAACUCAAAAAAUCAGAAGAAACGAAGCUUAUCGGACGGUGGGUUUAAAGCCCUCGUUAGCAAAACCAAGCAACGAUAUCAAAUAGUGUCUAAUUGUUGAUCUAGAUGUAUAAUUUGUAAGAAUGUUGCACCGUACCGGGGAGUAUGGGCCAGGUGUAAACCGGGACAGUUUCCUUAAAUGGAUGUAGCUAUCGAAACGUAAAAAGAACGAAUGUUACAGUUGAAAAUACAUAAUCAAAAACCAAGAGAAUAUGAGCUUUUGUUAACAUUUGGUGAUGUGCUGUUAUGUUCUACAGUUUUUGUUAAAUUUCUCGUCAAGCUUCAAUAUUUGUAAAAAAAUACCAAAAUGCGUUAUUACUUUCUAUUAGUAGAUCGUAGGUUAUGGUUUAAGAUUUUUUGCUAGAACAAGACAUUAAGGUGACAGCCGAAAGCAGGGUUUUCAAAAUGUUUUCAAUAAUAACGCCAUUAGAUUAUUCCUGCAGCAAGAAGAACGCUUUUGAUGAGUUGUGACAAAGUGUUGUGUUUCCUUUUGUGGAUCUGUUUCCCUGAGCUGACAUGUAGUAGAGUGAAUAUAUUAGAUUACUCUCGAUGUACUUUACGGAAUUUCCCAACAACAAAAAAAAGAACCGUGAUAGCAAACAGGAAUUAAACAAAAGGGACACAGGACAGGUAUUGCAGUACUAUUACAGUAGGACAGAGAGACAGAGAUAGCGAGAGCGAUUUGAGGUUUGUUCCUAGCUCCUUGAAAGCCGUUAAAACUAACGAUAAUGAUUGUAUGGACUGUAUCGACACAAGCGUGAAACACAACUCACACGCAAAAUCCUACUGACCGUUCGUACCGUUCUCAAUAAAUCCUGAUGUGUAUAUUUGUUAGAAAUUA